GUUGUGUGGAGUGUUAGUAAGAUUUUCACAUUACUUAAGCCUAAUUAGCUGUGGUUGUCGUACAUUAUACUUAUCUGCACACUGGGUGCCGGUGGAACUAAGAAGGUGUUUUGGCAUCUUGGUUUGAGCUCUGUGGCUAAUUAGUUGUAUUUCUUUUUCAACCUGGAAUACUACAGAGUGGAACAGAUGAGAUCACAGAGACUUUGGGCAAUUCUCUUACUGCUGGGGAUGUCCCUUGGGGUGACAGACGGAUGGAUGGACAAGGAUACAGAAAAAAUGUCUGGCCAAACUUCAGGGAGAUUUCAACAUGAGAAAAGUGAAGGACCAGAUGCAACAACUAGCAAAGAUUAUUAUGGACAAGAUGGACUCCAUGGGCCUUGUGAGAGAAAAUAUUGUGGAAGAGGGCGCCAGUGUAUUGUUCACGAAGAAACCGGCAAAGCAGAGUGCUCUUGCAUGGACAAAUGCCGGCCCAGCUUUGUACCAGUCUGUGGAUCGGAUGGCAAGUUUUAUGACAAUCACUGCAAGCUUCAUCGUGCCUCUUGUCUGCAGAAGAAGGAGAUCUACAUUGUGCACAGUAAAGACUGCUUCUUCAAAGGUGAUUCAUGCACAAUGGCAGAGUACAACAGGCUAAAGAACAUGCUUCUGGACCUUCAGGCCAAGCACUACAAUCAACAGGGGGCUGUCCAAGGAAACAGAAUGUCCCAACGGAGGCACGUAGUGGAGAAGAUGUUCAAGUACUUGGAUCUCAACGCUGAUGGGCGCAUAGGCAGCGAAGAACUGGCUCAGAUAUCAGUAAGGGAUCAUCUGGAAGAUGACCUGCUGGAGUGUACACUGCAAGACCUGCUGAGAUAUGAUGACUACAACAAUGAUGGGCAUUUAACUCUUCAGGAAUUCUACACAUCAUUCCAGGUCGUUCAGCUGAGUCUCCCCGAGGAACAGAACAUCAGCAUCUCCACGGUAACAGUGGGGCUGAGCACUGUGCUGUCCUGUGCUAUUCAAGGAACACUGCGGCCUCCGAUCAUCUGGAAGAGAAAUGGAAUCGUACUGAACUUCUUGGAUUUAGAAGACAUUAAUGAUUUUGGAGAUGAUGGCUCACUCUAUAUCACCAAAGUGACCACUAUCCACAUGGGCAAUUACACCUGCCAUGCUUAUGGGUAUGAGGAUUUGUACCAAACCCAUGUCCUGCAGGUGAAUGUGCCACCAGUGAUCAUUGUGUACCCAGAAACUCAGGCCCAGGAACCGGGUGUAUCUGCCAGUCUGAAAUGCCACGCUGAUGGCAUCCCUAACCCCAAAAUCACCUGGCUAAAGAAUGGAAUGGACAUCAUGCCGAAAAUAUCAAAACAGCUCUUAAUGAUAGCAAACGGCAGUGAGCUGCAUAUUGGCAGUGUGCGCUAUGAAGACACUGGCGCCUAUACCUGCAUUGCUAAGAACGAAGUAGGAGUGGACGAGGACAUUUCUUCAUUGUUUGUGGAAGAUUCAGCUCGAAAGACUCUUGCAAACAUACUGUGGCGAGAGGAAGGUUUAAGUGUGGACAACAUGUUUUAUAUAUUUUCUGAUGAUGGGAUUACAAUCCUGCAGCCAAAUGAAUGCGAGAUUCAAAGACAUAUAAAACCGACAGAGAGGAUUAUUGCAAGCUACGAAGAGAUGUGCCCCAAAGGUGACGGAGAUGCAAUUCAGCAUUGUGUCUGGGCCUCAGCUGUCAAUGUCAGAGAGAAGUACAUAUAUGCGACACAGCCCGUUCAGAACAGAGUACUGAUUGUAGACACUCAGGCUCAGAAAGUUGUACAGGUUGUUGAAACAGACCCUGUGCCAGUGAAACUGCACUACGACAAAUCACAUGACCAGGUGUGGGUGCUUAGCUGGGGUGACAUUCACAGGACUCGCCCAACCCUGCAGGUCAUCCCUCAGUCCAGCGGAGGAGAGGAACAUCGAAUCACUCACACUCCCUUUGAAAGAGUGGAGAACUUCUUUAUUCCACCGACAAACCUCAUUAUUACACACGUAAGGUUUGGAUUCAUCUUUCUCAAGAAUGAGCCGGCUGUGCACAAGAUUGAUCUGGAGACCAUCUCUCGCAUCAAGACCAUCAGCCUCAAAAACUACAGCUGUGUCCCAGUAAGCAUGGCCUACACCCACCUGGGGGGCUACUACUUCAUCCUCUGUGAGGGCAGGAACUCAACAUCACCCCAGCCUCAGCUCCUCAUAGACGGCGUGACUGAUUCCAUCAUCGGCUACAAUCAGGACAUAACAGGGACUACAUCCAUCUCCCCCGAUGGACGCUAUGUUGUAACCACCAGCGAACACACCGGAAAGAUCCAAGUUCAAACCAUCACCUUCGAAGGCAGGCUACAGUCAACCCUAGACCUCCAAACUAGCCUGAGCAUCUCGGACUUGGCUUUCCAGCCGUCAUUUACAGAGGCCAAUCAGUAUUGCAUAUACGCAGCCUCUCAAAAUCAAACAGACAUGCUCUUUGUCGAGCUGUCAACAGGGAGGCUGGAUGUUGUAAAGAACCUAAAAGAUCCCAUCCCAUCCGACGAUUGGCCCUGGAGUCGUUCUAAUAGAGUGGUGAAGAACAGUGGGCUGUUUGGACAACACCUGGUGACACCCUCAGAAGAUUCUUUAUUUGUUCUAAAUGGGAAACAGAACCGCCUCCACUGUGAGGUUUCAGAUAUAAAGAGAGGUAACACAGUUGUAUGGGUUGGGGAGGUAUGAGAAGUUAAAUAGGAUUAUAAAGGAAGAAUGCAAUGGACUCGACGCUGGGACUGAGCAAGCAGUUUAAAUGUACGGUUAUUGUAAAAAAAAAAAAAUGUAAAAAUAUUUUUUACUCUGUGAGGCUUCAGUGCAACAGUGAUCUACGUGCACUUAUCCAAAUGACAGCGAUACAUUAUUGCACUUACCACUGAGGUGAAACAUAACACUGGGAAAAACUAUGCACAAUGUACACAAUUUCUUUUAGCAUAAUGCAAUUUUUUUUAAAUCAAAAGCAAAUCAUGCCAGUGCUGAAGAAUAUUUUCAGUUUGCCUUUAAUAUAUGGCUAAUAAUAAUAGAAAUAAUAAUAAAAAA